AUGAUACCAAAGCGAAAUAAUGCCAUUCGAAUAUCACAGCUCAGCCUAUCCGCUGACAAAGAAGCUGAGCCUAAAGAAGAAAUUCCUGACUCCACCUCAACAGUAAACAGCCAAGAAGUCGAAUCUCCUGUCAUUCCAAGCUCCCAAGACCAAAGUUUUACCCCUGUCAUUCAAGAGCCUGAAGCGGCAAACAUGUAUCAUCACCCCCAAAUAAUUGACCAAGACGUUGAAAACUUCACUACAAGACUAGACUCGAUGAUCGGAAAUUUCAGAAACGAGACAAUCAAAGAGUUUUUAUCAGUAAAAAGACAAAUUCUGCAUGAGCAGAUCACCACAAUCGAAUCUGAAAGAAAAAGGUGCAACGCAUUAAUGGGCUCUAAACAAGACGAAUUGGAACACCUUAAAGAGCAGCUUGCAGAGUCACAAAAAUUAAACAAUACUUAUACGAACCAAAAAGAAGCUUUGGCAAAUCGCACAGGAAAUCUUAAAAAUCAAAAAUACAAUACAGAGCUUGCUACAAAAGCCUAUCUAUCCUGGCUUCAUUAUCAUCAGUUUUCACAAAUGAAAAAAAGAAUGCUUAAGGUGACUAAAGCCAUGGGGAGAAGACAUGUAAUGAAUGAAAUUUUUUCUGCAUGGAAAGAAAAAUGAACUGAAUAUCACCAUUUGAAAACACAAAGAGCACUAGAAGACAGAAUUAAUGCGGAAAAGCAGGAAUUAGCAAAUUUGUAUAAUAAAGAAAUUGAACUUUUGACAGCAAGAUUGAAUCAAGCUGAAGCGAAAAUAAAUGAAGAGGAAGAAGCAAAGAAGAAUAUCCAAGACAACUUGAAAAAAGCGUUUAUGAGGGGAGUUUGCGCAUUAAAUUUUGAAGCAAUGAAUAUUUUGAAUCCUGCUACAAAUUUUAUUGAUAAUGUUGCUUUGGGCUUUGAAGAACCAACACAAAAGAUAGAAACGCAGAUAGUUGAGCCUGCAAUAGUGAAGACACCUGAAAAAGACUUAUUAGAUGAAAUUCAGAAUAUUAUUCCUCCUGAUUCAAAACAAACUAAUUGGAAGCCUGCUCCUGUGUUUGGAAGACCUCAAACAGCGCCUGCAGCAAAAUUAAAUAAUCCUCUACCUGAAAUAUUGCCUCCAUCAAUUACUCAGCUCUCGAGCUUACCUAGUAAUUUAGAUGCUCCAUCUCAAGGUGUUGGAAAAACUAUAGUUGUGAAUAAUGCAAAUAAUCCUGAAAUAAGAGUAAAAGGAAAAGUACCAAAUAAACCGAUUGUAGGGAAAAAACUUAAAUAA